GAUGGGUGCGUUCGCUAGCCGCUCGCUCCAGCCAGCGACGACAGGGUUGUGCAAAAGGCGAUCCCAGCCAGUCGGAAAGCAGCAGUCCUCGCGGAGUCGUAAAAAGUAACAACGCAGAGUGAGAGAGAAGAAGAAGAAAAGCGUGCAUUAUACAGCCGUGCAAUAAUAACGUAUAGCCCUAGCGAAACGAGCCGAUAACGGGAUCGUCCGUGUACUUGUCGAGGACUUCCCUCUCCCACUCCUUCUCGUCAGCGGGCCGAAAAAGCAUGCAGCGGGAUUCGAUGGACGAGAGCGACGAGGCACCGUCGCUACCGCUCACAGAAUUCGUCGACGACGAAGACGACAUGACAACCCGUCCGACGACGUCCAAGGACCUCGCUUCGUCGCCGCCGCAGUCUCGGCCGCUGGGGCCUCCUCGCACACAGAAGCAGAAAGCCACGGCAGACGAGCUCUCGUCCAGCGAAGGGACGCCCGUCGCCGCCGGAAGUUGUCGCGAUCCAUUCCUGUCACGUGGGUUGCAUGACGUCACGGUCAACAUCCGGCGGUGCCGUCGUCUUGCGGUCGAAAAGAUGUCGAACCCCGAGCGCAAAAGCAAGAAACCCUCGAGCAGUGCUUUCAAGCAGCAGCGGCUGUCGGCAUGGCAGCCGAUUCUGACAGCUGGCACGGUGCUGCCGACGUUCUUCGUCAUAGGCCUUGCAUUCGUCCCCAUAGGCAUCGGUCUGCUAGUUUCAUCCAACGAGGUGCAAGAGUUCCAGUAUGACUACACGGACUGCAAGGAGAAGGGCAAAAACGUGACCUGCGCGUCCGUCAUACAGAACGAUAUCAAGAAGACGUGCGUCUGCCUCGAGCGCAUCACAUUGCCCGAAGAUUUCAAGUCUGAAGUGUACGUCUACUACGGGCUGACCAACUUCUACCAGAACCACAGACGAUACGUGAAGUCCCGGGACGACACACAGCUUCUGGGCAAGCCGCUUCAGACGAACCUUGACUGCGAACCCUUUGCACAGGAUCCCAAGACAGGGAAACCCAUUGCACCCUGUGGUGCUAUUGCAAACAGCAUCUUCAACGACACGCUCACCCUCAAGUACCGUCACAAGCAAGACCGUGAUGGCAUCGAAGACCCCACCAUGGUGCACAUGUUGUUUGACAAGAUUGCCUGGCCGACCGAUCGCAGGGUCAAGUUUAGGAACCCACCAGGCAUGAAUUUCAAUGGCACCGCCAAGCCGCCGAACUGGCCGCUCCCCGUGGAGGAUGUUGGUGGCUUCGAGAACGAGUCCCUGAUUGUCUGGAUGCGUACCGCUGCGCUGCCCACUUUCCGCAAGCUCUACGGCCGUGUGGACCACUCGCGCGAGCUCUUCGUCAGCUCGCUGCCCAAAGGGGACUACGACCUGGAGAUUGUGUACCGCUACCCAGUGAUGCCAUUCAAGGGCAGCAAGCGCAUCAUCCUCUCCAACACAUCGUGGCUAGGUGGUCGCAACCCGUUCCUUGGCAUCGCCUACAUCGCCGUGGGCAGCCUCUGCCUGGCGCUGGCCUUCGUCUUCCUCGUCAUACACAACAAGUUUGGCAAGAACACACAUGACCUGGUGAACAUAACCCAGAGAACACCCUACUAACGGCAGUCGGGGCACUGUCAUCGCGUCUGCGCAUUCCACUGCAUUGGAUGAGGAUUCCUGCCCUCUCGGCAAGGAGGAGCCCGCACCUGGACCACUUAAGUGUCUUGCCAGCUUCCCGGUUCAACCUUAUAAUCAGCGGUUGCUACUACUGGCACCGCUUUUAGUGUUUGUUCGAAGAAUCCCAAAGAGACGAUCACGUAGUUGACAGUUUCCUAAUUGCAGUGUAACUGCACAUAUUCUUUUAACGAUUUGUUUGUGGUACAGUUAACUCCCGUUAAUUCGACCCUUGCGAGACCGUAUGGUUUGGUUGAAUUAUCCGUAAUGUCGAAUUAACAUACGGUAUAAAAUGAACGAUUCAAAUAUUUUUUUGUCGCUUGAAGUAGCCUGCUGUGUCUCUCGAUGUGCGAUUCAACCAGCUUGAGGCGAAGUGUGCCCUACGCUGCCUCAGCACGACGCGACACAAAACGAGCGGGAAUGGAUGGCUUCACAAGCAGAAGCAGUGUUGGCCACUAAGAGAUAAAACUAAAUUUAUAUAAAACAGCUUCACACCUAAAGAAACAGUAACACCAUCUGCUGAAUUUCUUGUGUUUUCAAGCUUGUAGUAACCGCUGCAGCCUAAGAUGGAGGCGCCAGCGGGGGUCGAAUUAACCGAAGUGGCCCUGUUUUGAGUUCGAACUAAACGAGUUCGCCUUCCAUAUCAGUGUAUAAUCUUUUGCUGGAGCAUUCCAGUCCUUUGCCUGUGCUUUCAUCCAUCGUGAUGGGGUAUUCAAAGUCAUAUUCUUGGUUGCAAAACUAACAUGAAAUUAAUGCAAUGUGAGCAAUGCACAAUGCCUGAAGAGAUUAUCGAUGCCUUUGACCGGUGCUCUGAAGUAUGGAAUCAUGUUUACGUAUCCCAACGUCUGUGGUUGCAGAAAAAAAGGAAGAAGAGAAAAGGGGGGGGGGGGGACGCAGGUGCGUUAUCAGAUCAUCUAUCACUUUUUUUUAAGUGGUUUUGUACAGCCGUUGUUGGCUGUUACGGUCAAUGAAUUCUUUCUUGAAAUGUGGCAGUUUUUAUGUAUUUGUAGCACAUGGACACUUUUGAUGACCACUGACACCGCAGCACAGCAGCAACACAAUCGCAGAGAGUGCAUUGAGUCUUGCGAGACAUCGGCGCGUAGUUGGGUACAGUACAUCACGGGAUUAAGUUAUGCGCAGAGCCUGCCCCCUUGUUGCCCGUGAAUUUUGCUGCGUACUUACUCGUGCAGACUUUUUCUAGGCCUGCUUUCAUUGUUGCAAGCUGCAUUGUGCUUGGCAGAAGCAUCUAGUCAAAUGUUGUGAUGGCUUUUCUAACUUGACUGUGCACGCAGGCAAAAAGUAAUUCAUUCAAGCGGUGUGUAGGAAAGUCUUGUACAGUGGCAAAUUCCCGAAGUGGGCGGGUUCUGUUUGCAAAACUUAAUUGCUGCUAGACGUAGUUUCACAGUUGGUGUUGUCUCCUUGGUAUUUGUUAAUCCUUGUAAAUACUGUGUAUUUAUUUCGUGACCUCAAUAAAAGGGAGACGUGUUUCUUUACAGAA